CCAUUCAAUGUCAUUGAACUGAACAAGCUUGUAAGAUAUUUAAUCGGGUGCAGUUAUGCUGUUAUUGAAAUCUUUUCCUUUCCUAGAAGAAGAAAAUUUUCAACGAGUGUAAAUCUAAAUAUAGUAGAUUAAAGAAUGAUUUAAUCAUGACACAUACAUGAGUUAUUUUAAGCGGAUUAACCUUGAUCGAUCGGUAGUCGAGUAUCGUUAAAAUCUGUUUGAUAUUAUUCCACACCAUUAUGUCAGCAUGGGAAAUAUAUGCAGAAAUGGGCAACAAGAUGAAUAUUCAGCAGAAGGAACAACUAACGUUUCAUUUUCGCAAAUGGACGAAAGUCGCCAUGUUGCUAAAAACGGCGACGAACAAGCAAGACUUUAUGAAGAAAUCGCACGGCUGACCCGUGUCAACAUCGAGAGUGAGGAGAAAACAUCAGAGCUGAUGGAGGAAAUUGAGAAACUAAAAACCGAACUGCAGGCGGUAAGGAAAGAGACAGACAGCGAUGAUGAACAACAAGUUGACGACGAAGAUGCGCAGCUUACAUCCGAGUCGACGCUAGCCAACACGAAGUGUGACAGACCAACUUUUGAGUUUGCAAUAGCUGAUGAGGAUGAGCUUUCCGAACGAAACAUCGAGCAAUGGGCUAGUGAAAAAGAUGCAAACUACAUUGAACACAAAAGACUUCAAGACGAAAAUGAGAUGCUUAAAUCCGAAAUGGAACAGAUCAAAAACGAGAUGGAAGAGCAAACAAAGAAAGCAAUGCUCAAUGAAGAAGCGUUUGCGGAACUGACAAACACACUUGAGCAAGUUGCCAGAGAAAGAAACGAUCAAACUGCCGAGCAAAAGAAGCAUGAAGCAGAAAUUAUAAAACUGAAAAGCGAACUAGAACAAGUCACAACCAAACUUGAUCAGAAGACGUCCGAGCUGAGGAAGUCCGAAGAAAAUCUUAGUAAUUUGAAAAACCAAUUGCAGAAAUCGGUCUCACAAACAGAGGAACUGAGAUUGACGUUGCAAAAACUACAGAACGGACGAGAUGUUUUUAAAACAAAAAAUGAGCAAAACGAGGGUGCAAAACCAAAACCCAGUGAUUCCUACCUGGUGAAUCUCAGCGAUGACAACAGGCCUGAUAAGGUAGCGGUGAGGUUUGAAGAACUCUAUAACAAAGAGUGGACCGAUUGUUAUGAAGUACUUUCAUCAGAGGAGGGAGUUUGUCGAAUGCUUUUGGGAGUUUGUGUGAAUAUCUAUUCAACAUAUGUGAGAACUAUUGAAAGCGAUACGAAUAAAAAAAAUGCCUUGGUAAUUGCGGAUAUGCAGCUUGACGAUGAUUUAAAAGGAUUUCUUAAGGUAUUGCGUGGCGGAAAGAUAUCCAACGCAAUCUGCUUGUACUGGAAUAAAUGCAUGGAAAUUUGCAGGCAAAUGAUUGCAAACGACCCACCGCUCUAUAUGGACACUGAUAUCGACAAACACGGACACACGUUUAAUGACUCACUCUAUCACUUCUACACAGAACGAGGAACUCGUAUCGAUUAUAUUGUUUGGCCAGCUUUAAAUCUAAUGAAAAACGGUAAAAUGCUUUGCAAAGGCCAUGCUCAAGGGGCAAAAUGA